AUGUCUCAUCCCGUACUAGCUCAUGACCCCUAUAAUAAGCGGCGUAUUCACAUUUUGCAAUGCGUGCACGAUGCAAUCUACUACCUUCGUCAUGGACCGCAUCGCCGGAAGGAUGUGAUUGAAACGCUAGAGGAGAUCGCUGGUGAAACAUCCAUCGGCAUCUCCAGUGCCGUUAUUGAACGUGAUCAUCAGUUCGAACGUCUUUGUCGUAAUUUCGAGCUUCUAUUGCCAGUCGCGAUCAGAAUCCUUAACAAGCAUAAUGACCGCGAAACUGACAGAGACGUGGCUGAUGAUCUCAUUAGCUGCAUCCCCACCGCUCUGCAGAAACCUGAGAAGUGGGACCCUAUAAUUGAGGAGAUCUCGGACGAGGAAGAGUUUGAGCGUCAGAAUAGGCGUCGUAAUCGUCACCGAUAG